AUGGGCGCGCUGGAGCCGGGCACCGGAGCCCCCCGCCCCGCCGCUCCCAUGCUCAGCUUCGCCAAGGAGCCGCCGGGCCCCCGGGACGCCGCCGCCGCCGCCUCGUACUACGGAGAUGGGGGGGGGCCCCCUCCGGAACCGGGAACCCCCCCGCUCCCCUACGGUGCUCCCGGGGGCUUCGGCGGCCGGCUCUUGGGGCCGUGCCCCCCUUACCGAGCGCCGCCGCCUCCCUCCGCCGGCCCGGGGGAGAGUUACGGGGGUGCGGAGCUGUACUCGGGAGCGGAGGGAGGUUUCGGGGCCGGGGCCCCCCCGUUGUGCCCCCGCUCCGGAGCGCUCUGUGCCCUGCCCGGGUACCGGGCAGCCGGGAAGGUGCAAGUGAUGCUCAACAACUACCAGCUCUGGGCCAAGUUCCACAAGCAUCAGACCGAGAUGAUCAUCACCAAGCAGGGCAGGCGAAUGUUCCCGUUCCUCAGCUUCAACCUCUCGGGGCUCAACCCCGUAGCCCACUACAGCGUCUGCGUGGACGUGGUUCUGGUGGACCAACAUCACUGGCGCUACCAGGGCGGCAAGUGGGUGCAGUGUGGCAAAGCCGAAGGCAAUAUGCCAGGGAACCGCCUCUACCUGCACCCCGACUCUCCCAACACGGGCGCACACUGGAUGCGGCAGGAGGUCUCCUUCGGGAAGCUGAAGCUCACCAACAACAAGGGCGCAUCCAACAACGUUGGCCAGAUGAUCGUGCUGCAGUCGCUGCACAAGUACCAGCCGAGGCUGCACGUAACUGAGGUGCAGGAGGGUGAGGACGAGGGGUUCCCCUCCCCACACACGCACACCUUCGCCUUCCCAGAGACGCAGUUCAUCGCUGUCACAGCCUACCAGAACGCUGACAUCACGCAGCUGAAGAUCGAUCACAACCCCUUCGCCAAAGGAUUCCGGGAUAACUUUGACUCGAUGUACACGGCCUCGGAGGGGGAGCGCCUCACCCCAUCGCCGCUGGAGGGCCCCGGCUGCCGGCAGCUCCUGCCUGCCCCUCGCUUCCAGCCCUUCCUGCCCGAGCAGUUCCCACUGCCCUCGGGGCGCCUCUUCGGUGCGGAGCGGGGGGCUCCGCUGCCGCUGCCCCCCAAGGACCCCCCCCGCUGGUACUUCACCCCCCAGCAACCCCCGGCCGCGGGCACCUUGGAGUACAGCGGCUACGAAGCGGGGUACGGGGGGGGCAAGCUGGUGCCCUAUGGGGUGAAGCCCUUCACCCUGCCGCCCGCCCCACAUCAACCCCUGCCCUAUUACCCCGAGGGGCCGGCGGGGUUCGGGGUGUCGGGGGGCUGGAGCCCUGGGCAGUACGGCCCCAAGGGCAGCCCCGGGGCUCUGGGCUGGUACCGGGAGCCCCGGGAGGAGAAGGGGAAGGAAGCAGAGGGCUGGCCCCCCGAGCCCCCCGCCCCAGCGGACUCCGUGGACUUGGGGCUGUACGAGUGCAAGCGGCGCCGGGUGUCCCCGUACCCCUCCAGCGCCGAAAGCUCCCCCCCACCCGCAACGGGGACCUCUAUGACAAGGACCCGGCUGCCGACGGUGGCUACUACGGCUUCUAUGGCAACUGAGCCACACUGGGGGGGCUCAAAUACCCCCCUCUCCAUGGGCACCCCAAAGCCUCAGGACCCAAGGGGUCCCAUGAGUGUGUAUGUGUGUGUCCCCCCCAGUUCAACAUCAUAUCCUGGGAAGACUUGAGCACAUGGGGGGGGAAAGAUGAUGCCAGACAAUCAAAUCAGCCCCCAGUGGCACCCCGGUGGGGCCAUGGGGGCAAGC